AUAUACAUGUGUCAUUUUCUGCGGUUGAAGUCAGAGAGAGAGAGAGAAAGCAAUAUGGGAAGAGGGAAGGUGAUUAUGGAGAGAAUACAUAACAAGAUCAAUAGACAAGUAACAUUUUCAAAGAGAAGAAGUGGUUUGUUGAAGAAAGCUUUUGAACUUUCUGUGUUAUGUGAUGCUGAAGUUGCUCUUAUCAUCUUCUCCAGUCUUGGCAAGCUUUUUCAAUACAGUACUACUGACUUGAACAAAAUCAUUGAGAAGUAUCGUCAAUGUUGCUUCAACAAUAUGUCUGAGAAUGGUUACUUAGGAGAACAUGAGUCACAGGGCUUAUACCAGGAGCUUUUGAUGCUAAGAGUCAAGCAUGAAUCUCUUGCCCGGACACAAAGGAAUUUUUUGGGGGAAGAAAUCAAUGCACUUAGCAUAAAAGAUUUGCAAAGUCUAGAGAAACAACUGGAGAGAACGCUUGCUCAAGCUCGAAAGCACCAAAUGCAAAAGCUAAUGGAAAGAGUUGAUGAAUUACGUGAGGAGGUGCACAAGGUGGAGGAGGUCAACAAAGAAUUAGAAUCCAAGAUUUGUGACAAUUCUACGGAUUCCACCAUCUCGAGUAACAACAAUAUCAUUACCAAUUUGCUUGAUGCACAAGCCAAUCCGUUUGAACAUGUGACAACUGGACAGUUUCUGCACCUACAAGAUGCUUCAAAAAGACAAGCAACAGAUAUAAGGACUGACAUAGGACAAAGCAGUCGCAACAAGAACAUUGGAUGGAUGAAUAUUUGAAUUUUCAUUUAUGCCUAAAAAUACUCAUUGAUAAGAGCCUAUUUGGUUUAAUUUAUGAUAGGGAUUUUUCUUUUCUUUCAGAAUUCCAGCAUAAAAUUGUUGUCUCAAUUGUAUUAUGUAUUGGGUAAUGUUCGAUAGACACACUUUGUUGUCAUC